CUCCGUCCACCAUGGACAACGGGUCGUGCUGCCUCAUCGAGGGGGACCCCAUCUCUCAGGUGAUGCCCCCGCUGCUGAUCGUGGCCUUCGUGCUUGGCGCCCUGGGCAACGGCGUCGCCCUGUGCGGUUUCUGCUUCUGCAUGAAGACCUGGAAGCCGAGCACCAUUUACCUUUUCAACCUGGCCGUGGCCGACUUCCUUCUCAUGAUCUGCCUGCCCUUCCGGACGGACUACUACUGGAGACAGAGGCAGUGGGCCUUUGAGGACAUUCCCUGUCGGGUGGCCCUCUUCAUGCUGGCCAUGAACAGGGCCGGGAGCAUCGUCUUCCUCACGGUGGUGGCGGUGGACAGGUACUUCAAGGUGGUCCACCCCCACCACCUGGUGAACGCCAUCUCCAACCGGGCUGCCGCCGGCAUCGUGUCCGCCCUUUGGACCGUGGUCAUCCUGGGGACCCUCUACCUUUUGAUGGAGAGCCAUCUGUGUGUGCACGAAGACACCAUAUCUUGCGAGAGCUUCAUCAUGGAGUCGGCCAACGGCUGGCACGACAUCAUGUUCCAGCUGGAGUUCUUCCUGCCCCUCGGUGUCAUCCUGUUUUGCUCCUGCAAGAUUAUUUGGAGCCUGAAGCAGAGGCAGCAGCUGGCCAGGCAGACUCGGAUGAAGAAGGCCAUCCGGUUCAUCACGGUGGUGGCGGUUGUGUUCGUCACGUGCUAUCUGCCCAGCGUGUCGGCCAGGCUGUAUUUCCUCUGGACGGUGCCCUCGAGUGCCUGUGACCCCUCCGUCCACGUAGCCCUGCACGUGACCCUCAGCUUCACCUACAUGAACAGCAUGCUGGACCCGCUGGUGUAUUAUUUUUCGAGUCCCUCGUUCCCCAAAUUCUACACCAAGCUCAAAAUGCGCAGUUUGAGACCUAAGAAUCCGGGACGCUCCAAGACCCAGAGGUCAGAAGAGAUGCCAGUUUCCAACCUGUGUCGCAAGAGUUGUGCCAGUGUGGCAAACAGCUUCCAGAGCCAAUCCGACGUGCAGUGGGAUCUCCAAAUGUGUUGAAUGGCAGUGAAACAGACAGACAGACAGACAACGCCGAGGAGGACAGACAGACUGGCGACUUAGGAUGGUUCAUGCUAAGGGGUGAGAGUCUAUUGAAAAGGCCACCCUUUCUUAACUGGAUCCUCACUCUGUUGGAAACGAAAUUCAGGUCACUAUGCCUUUUUGGAAGGUUGUGGUUGACAAGUGAGUCACUUGCCUUUCUACACCCCGAUUGCAAUGACGGGACAAUAUGUGCAUGGAGAAGGGCAUGUGUGUGUUAAAAAGGAGGGACGUUAAUUAAGAAGAGCUCGGCCCCUGUGUAGUUUUAAUCGGCUGGGUGAACAGGCACCGAUGUUUGAAGGAGUCACGUUCCCUGUCUGGGGGAGGUCGUGAACUUCAUGACUUGGCAGUAUUUCCUAUCCUCUCUUAAGUCAUCGUUUUAGAAACUAGAAACCUGAGGGAGUCGAUACCUUUAUUUCGGGCUGAGUGACAUCUUUAUGGGGACGUCCGGAUCCUGAGGGUUUUCAUCUCCACAGGGUGCCUGGGUAUGUUUCUGAUUUCUCAGUAGCCCAAGAAAAAGGACAGCAAAACAGUCUGCUCUGACCUUCUUGAAGCUCCACAUGUUUCCGCGAGUCGUUGCAUUUCAAAGAAGAUGCUGAGGGAUAGGUUUGCCUCCCCUGAUCUUUCCAGUGGGAGCUGACUGCGUGAAAAAACUCGGUUGGCCUUUGGGAUGGGCUGCGUGCAAUGUGAUCGCUUUUGACUGCUUGUUAUGUGACUUUUAUUUAUUCAUCUGAGAGAGAGAGAGAGAGAGAGAGAGAGAGAGAGAACGGGAGAGCACGAGCCGGGGAAGGGCAGAGAGAGAGAGAGGGAGAGAGAGAGAGAGAAUCCCAAGCAGACUCCACAAUGACAGCAAAAAGCCCCACAUGGAGUCCGAAUUCAUUAACAUGAACCGAGAGAUCAUGACCUGAGCGGAAACCAAGAGUCGGACGCUUAACCAAUGGAGUCACCCAGGAGCCCCCAUUCACAACUUUUCCUGAUGGAAUAUUCUUGAAUAGCCUCUCAGAGUCUUUUCUUUAAAAAAAAAAAAAAAAAGAAUUAAAAUCUCUGUAAUUAUUGAAAGUACAUAUGUUUUUGUUGAAAAUUCAAAAUAAAUAUAUCAAGUGAGAAAUAAAAGUCUUCCUUCUGUUGUUCCCCUUAA